UUUCUAGGACUCCUGGUAUAACAAAUUUUUAUCGAAAACCAAAUUUCUCCUUUAUUUUGUGCUGCCCAUUCCUAAAGACACUAUCAAAUUUCUUUGGGUUUUUUGUUGAUGUAAAAUUAUGGUAAGCAUGGAGGUAACUGCUUGUGCAGAUAAAUACGAGCAUACAGUACCAAAUGUUAUGUAUGUAGUAAAUAAUAUACCAGGUCCAGGUGUAGACAUAGAAGAUUUUGAAUCAGAGUACUCGCUAGGUUGUUCUUGUGUAGUUAAGUGCUCUGAUUGUUCAUGUACACGCGGUUCCCCUAAUUAUAUUAAUGGUCGGAUAUUAGAUGAAAAAUUAACAGGGCCAAUAAUUGAAUGCAACUCUCAUUGUACAUGUAGAGAAAAUUGUGGUAAUAGAGUGAUUCAGAAUGGACCUUUGGAUUGUUUAACUGUGUCAGGAGUUGGUGAAAAAGGACUCGGUCUGUUCACAACUAAAUUAAUCAAAAAAGGUCAAUUUAUUUGCGAAUAUGCCGGUGAGGCAAUAGGUAUCGAAGAAGCACGUCGCAGAGUCGAAGCAAAUAAAACUGGUAUGAAUUACGUUCUUGUGGUUUCCGAACAUAUUGGAGAUCGAAUUAUCGUCACGUGUAUAGAUCCAGAAUAUUUUGGUAAUAUUGGACGGUACUCUAAUCACAGCUGUGAACCGAACGUUAAUCUCGUACCUGUCAGGGUUGAGGGAGUAGUGCCUCGAUUAUGUUUGUUUGCAUCUAGAGACAUAGAAAUCAACGAGGAAAUAACUUUUAACUAUGCUGGUGGAGUUGCAAAUUCCGUCCAUGAUUUCAGUGACACGCUCUGUCUUUGUGGUUCCAAUAAUUGUUUUGGCUAUUUGCCACAUAGUUCUAUUUAGAAACAUUAAGUAAACACGGAGUGUCUCAUUGAGAUAAGUAUGUCUUACCUUGACAUCACAAUACUCUGAUAAAUUUUGGAAGAAUAAAUCAUAAUGUCACAUCGAAAUAAUUCACUAAAAAUUGCAGAAUUUCGAAUGAUUACUUUAAUUAAUUGCAAGAUUUUGGAAAAGUAGAAAUUCAUAAUAGCGUUUUUGUCGUAAUACAAUUGGCACUAUGCCUGGUUGCUGCUUUGUAAGAAGUUCUAAUAUACUGGGUGUCCCGUAACAUGUGGAACCCACUUAAGGACUAGAAUCUGCAGAUGAAAACAAAAAAAGUUCAUAUAAACAUACGUCCUAUUCGACCUUGUUUUCGCACUAUGACGAAUUGUACAAGGCUUUCAUAAAAUUCGAACAAUUCCUGAACAAACGGAAAGGAUAAAGCAGGUAAUGAUAAAACGUCUCGAGGCCUAUGUUCAGAUGCAAGGAGCUCAUUUUGAACAUUUGUGUAAAGGUGAACAAAUACGGUGUAUUAAGGAAGAAACUCGCCAUAACUCGAAAAUGAAGUCGAAUAGGGCGUAUGUUUAUAUGACCUCUUUUUAUUGCUUUCACGUGUAGAAUCUAAUCCUGAAGUGGGUCCUACAUGCUACGGGACACCCUGUAGAGACAUUUAAUUAAUUGUAGUUCAAGACUACUAUCUUAGUCAAGAAUACAUACUUAUGUGUAUGCAUUCUUGAUUUCAUAAUUUGUAUAUUAAUUUAUCGCUUUGUAUGUUAGUUAUCGAUUGAACAAGCAGUAUGAAGGUAUAAAAUAUCAAUUGCACCCUCGUUUAUUUUCAUACAAGUUAGCACGUUAAAAUAUAUUUGUAUUUAGUGAAAAAGAAUAGUUGACUAUUGAAUAAAAGCUUUGACAUUUAUUAUAGAAUAUAGACAAUUAAUGUGCCAAUUGUACAGAGAAAUUUUAAUUUUUUCCUAAUUUAUAUGGAAUUGUAAAUAUUAAACACAAAUUAUACUACUUCAACCAAUCAUGGCAAUUACAUUUUUUAUUACAGUCCAUUUGUGUGUUCAUUUAAACUGAUAUUAAGAACUAUAAAGGAUAUUUAUACAGAUGUAGCCAUUAUUCAUUUUGUAGUAAUUUUUAAAGAACAUUGCAAAAGCAAACAUGGGAAUUGUCCAUAGUAUUAAGGAUCGGAUAAUUUACGAUAAUACAAAUUCAUCCGUUGCGACGAUUGUAACUACUAUUGAUAAUAUCAAAAUAAACCGUUUCUCUCCAAACAGUAGGAUAUGAUUUUAACACAGGAAGCGAGAUUUCCAUUAAAAAUUUUUCUGAUAUCAGUUUUUAUCGAUCAAAAUAAUUAUAUCUAAAAUAGUUUCUAUGAUUUCAAAUAUUAUCUAUGUUUUAUUAUGGAAAUAUUUUACGUGCUAUUGUAAAUUUGAGCGAAAUUACCAUAAUUUCAAGUUUCUUUGAGUUGUAGCUGCAAAAUCUACGAAUCGAAUUUUAUGUAGGGGUAUAGUGUAUAAAUGAAUGUUCUCUAGGAAAUUAAAUUUAAAAUAAGGGCAGGGUAAAGUUAAUAUUAGAGAUAAAAAUAUUAAAUACU